ACAAAUGGAAGGCGCGACAGGCUCGAUGGGCUGCCACGGGUGAACGGUAGGACGAGGAGGAGAUGGCGAGCGCCUUGCUCCUUCCCCAAUGCUCUCUCCCUUUCAGCAACCUAGCUUCUGGAUCGCUCCCCUCUCGUCCAGGUCCCUGCAAGUCGUCCGCCUCUUCCACCCGCUCUCCUUCUUCGACCACCUCCCUACGACCGUCGCUCCAAAUUCCCGACAGACUGCGCCGGGAAAUCGACAGCUUCGACCCGAAGAUUCCUCUGGAUGAGGCACACACUCCACCCAGCUCGUGGUACACUGAUCCUUUGUUUCUCGACAUAGAGUUUGAUCGAGUUUUCUACAGAGGAUGGCAGGCUGUCGCAGGUUAUGUUGAACAAGUUGCAAGUGCUCAUGACUUCUUCACUGGCCGAUUGGGAAGUCUACAAUUUGUGAUCACUCGAGAUACAAAUGGCCAUCUUCGUGCAUUCCACAAUGUGUGUCGCCACCAUGCUUCGCUUAUUGCAACUGCCUGUGGAAGAAAAUCUUGCUUUGUCUGCCCUUAUCAUGGAUGGACAUAUGGAUUAGAUGGAGGACUACUUAAGGCUACCCAGAUUUCGGGGAUAAAGAACUUCCAUUUACAUGAAUUAGGUCUCCUUCCGAUAAAUCUUGCUACCUGGGGGCCAUUUCUGUUACUUAAUUUUAACCAGCAACUAGAAGAUGAAGAAUCUAGUGGCGAAAGUGUUGGCAAAGACUGGCUUGGAAGCUGCUCAGAAAUAUUGAUCGCUGGGGGAGUCGAUCAUUCUCUCAAGCAUGUAUGUAGGCGUGAAUACAACAUCAACUGUAAUUGGAAGGUGUUCUGUGAUAAUUACUUGGAUGGCGGUUAUCAUGUUCCAUAUGCACAUGGUGCCCUUGCAGCUGGUCUUGAGCUGGAGACCUACUCUACUAUGGUUUAUGAGAGGGUAAGCAUUCAAAGAUGUGAAAGCAUGCAAAUAGAACGUGGAGAUGAUUUUGACAGACUGGGUUCGAAGGCUUUGUAUGCUUUUAUUUAUCCUAAUUUCAUGAUCAACAGUUGUAGGUAUGGUCCUUGGAUGGAUACUAAUCUUGUCGUUCCGACUGGCCCAUCCAAGUGUCAAGUUAUAUUUGAUUACUUUCUGGAAUCUGGUUCUAAGGAAGGUGAGACUUUUAUUAGAAGAAGUUUAGAAGAAAGCGAAAGAGUUCAGAUGGAAGAUAUUACACUGUGUGAAGGUGUCCAGAAGGGGCUUGAAUCACAAGCAUGCUUUAGAGGGCGGUAUGCGCCAACGCGGGAGAAGGCCAUGCACCAUUUUCACUGCUUUCUCCACGAAAACUUUACUGCCGACUGAUCUUUUUUCCCUUGUAUGAUGUGGGAACUUAACAAUAAAUAGUAAAUGCCGAACAUUUUGCCCA